AUGACAGAAUCUGAUGUAGAUGAAUUACCUUCAGAAAAAUUUUUUAAAGCGUUGACUGGUGACCAAAAGACUAGUACGUAUUCUAUUGUUUGUGGAAAUGUUACAACAGAUUCAUCUGAAAAAGAAAUUAAUAAAAUUUGCACCAAACUUGCAAAAAAUAUAUACUAUUUAGAAAAUGUUCAUAAUGACGAUUCAUCAUUUUUCGAUAAGCAUUGUUAUGAUUUGAAUUACUGGUUAUAUGAUGAAUUAACUACACAGUUUGAUGAAAAAUUCAAAAACAGUGGAAUAAUAUUGACAGAAACGGACGACCUAAUAAAAAUGGUAAAAUAUGUAAUCCUGAAUCCCAACUUUUUAAAACGGGAUUAUUCAAAUCUAUCAAAAAAUUACUUGAUUACCUUGAAAAUUUUGAAACAUUUGAACAGAAAAAAGGAACAAAGAAUACAGAAUCAAAUAAAUAUUGUGACAAUAUUAAAGAAUGUGUUCCAUUAUAUUUUACGUUUAAAAAAUUAUGUGAACUAA